GCAGAUGCUCGACUACUGGCGCUUCCACGGCAUGCUCGUUGGCCCGGCGGCGGCGCGGCGCUGCGUCAAAAGCUUCGACGGCGUGAUUCUCUUCAUGCCAUCAACAUACGACCCCGCAGCCUUUCAGGCCGAGGACGCCGCGCAGAACGUCAGCCUUCCCUUUGAGGUGCGGACCCUGACGCUCCUCAAGUACUACGCGCUGGUGCUGUGGAGCCUCACCGGGCUGUGCACGCUCCUCCGCCAGACCAGGACGCUCGACGCGGCGGGAGAGGACGACGAGAAGCCGCUUCUUCCAACGCCGCUCGCGGUGCAUCGGAAUGUGGUCGAGUGCCUCCGCGCUCGGACCGGCGCGUCCCGCGUCACGCUGGCCCGCCGCUUCGAAUUCCGUUUCCGCCUCAUCGGCCUGUGGGUAGCCAUGCACCAUUACCGCUCCGCCUCCGGCGGCGAGGGGCGGCUGCAUCUCGUGGAGGUCUACCAGUUUGACCGCAGGGUAUGCGCAGCGUGGGCCUGCGCGAUCGCGGCGCUAGCCAUUCCGCAGCUGUGGAGGGUGCUGCUGCUGCUGCUUGGAGUGACUUGAGGCAUGGCGCAUGGCGCAUGGGCACGGUGUUCAGGGUGUUGAUUUUUUGUUCAGACGAAGACUGCUUGACGA